CACUAGAGACCCAAAUGACUGUAAAGGAGACUCAGAAGGGUUUGGAGAGCUUCUUUCACAUGGCGACCUUGGCUCUGUGCUUCCUUCUCAUUACCCUGUUGGUUCAGGGAGGAGAAGGGGCUUCUGUCAAAUCUUCCUGCAAACUUGAAAAGUCCACCUUUCAGCAGCGUUACAUUAGCCACCGAAUCAUCUCACUGGCCCAAAAGGGCAGUUUGUUCGAUAACGAAACCAGCACUCGACUCCUCGAGCGUUCCAUGUUCAACGAUGUGGAAGACACAAAUCGCUGUUAUAUGAUGAAGGAGAUUCUGAACCUGGUCUUGAAGGAAGCGUUGCCUCCUCACCAGCAAAAAUUCAAGUCAGACAUGCAAGACGUGUUGCCCUUCCUGCAUGAUCUGAAAAGCAAGCUGAAUGGCUGUACUUUGAAGGGUGAUGGCAGUCCUGUCCAGAGAAAAAUUGAUAAUGUGAAGAGCAAACUAAAACAGUUGGGAAAGAAUGGAGAGAUAAAAGCAAUUAGUGAACUGGAUCUACUGUUCAUGUUCCUGCGAAGAUACUGUGCUUAAAGCUCUCGACAAAAUAAGAAGAAUAAGAAAGUGAAAUCCAAAGUUUUGGAAGAUCAGAUGGAAAACUAGAAUGGUUUAUCUCCCCCUUCAAAAAGGCAAUUGGGAAGUCAGAACUCUAGCAUAAAAGUGUCCAUUCAAUAUGUACCCCCAGAAGGAAAAAACUCAAGCAUAUUAUUAAUAAGUGCAUUCUGUUUCUGAGCCCCAAAAGUGAGCUUCUGAAACCUUGCUGGGGCUAUAUAGCUGAAAUGUUAGUCUGGAUAGGUGUUUUAUACAAAAAAAAUAAUUUAUUUAUUUUUUUAAAAUGACCUUUAUACUUAUUUAGUGAAUACUUCCCAAUCCUUUAGGGGGAAAAUUCUUCCUAAUGUUCAC